AUGUCUCUUGACAAUAACAACAAUGAUGAUAGUGAUGGAGAGUCAUCGUCUUCAUCGUCAUCAUCCAGCUCAUUGAUGGAGAAUGCUCCAUUGAUAGUCCCAGCAACAGCUGGCAACCAACUCAGCUCAAAAACCUUAGCAAUGAAUGCCAAGAACAUCAAUCUGAUGGUGCUCACAGUGUUCCUCUCCUCGAUUGGUUUCACACUGAUGAUGCCAUCCAUGUAUCCUUACUUGAAAAGUGAAGCAAAAGCGGAUGCUAAAUACAACGGUCCACUGGUAGCAAUAUACAGUUUCGGUCAGUUUGUAGCAUCGCCAGUGUUUGGAUAUUGGGGAAACAGGAGACCAACUAUUGAGGCAAUCAUCGUGUCCACCUUGGUGGCCAUGAUUGGAAAUGGCAUCUACGCCUUCACCAGUGAGUUUGGCCAGGCUUUCAUCCCAAUGAUCUUCACCGCAAGAUUCCUUGUUGGAGUUGGCGCUGGAAACGUUGCCGUCUGUCGUGCAUUCGCUUCAGAGAGGACCGAUGCCAGCAACAAGACCCAGACCAUGGGCAAAAUGUCUGGCGCACAAGGUGCAGGUUUUGUAAUUGGACCAGUUAUCGGAUUUGCAUUGAGCAAGAUUAACUUCAACAUUGGAAGUGUGGUCGUUAGCGAGUACACUGCGCCAGGUUUUGUCUCGGUGAUCCUCGGUUUGGUCAAUCUUGUUCUGAUCCUCCUCUAUUUCAGAGAGACGCCAGUCGUUGCCAAGCCAGCAGCACCAUCAUCAUUGAUCAACAGCCCACUGGAGGAAGAGACUCUGCUCGUCAAGAAGGACGAGCCAAAGGAGUCCUUGCUGCCAGUGUUUGUCUCGAUCUACUUGUUCGCCGUGGUCAUCUCGAUUUUUGCCGUGUUCGAGUCCAUCCUCACGGUGAUGACCAACUAUUACUACAAAUGGGGCACGAGUCAGAAUGGACUGCUCAUGACCUGCUCGGUGUUCGUCUCGAUUGGAUAUCCAAUCGCAUCAUCAUUGAUGUAUGCCAUCUACUCAAAGAUUCUGAACCCAUCAAGUCAGGGAACAAUGAUGGGCUGGCUGACUUCUGGUGGUUCAUUGGCUAGAAUGUUCGGACCACUGUGGGCCAACGCCUUGUUUGGCGUUGCCGAUGAUAUCCUGUUCUUUACAUCUGCAGGUUUGACUGCCUCUGGUUUCAUUGUCUUGUGUAUAUUCUACCAUAAGCUCGCUCCACGUAAACAGCCCGUCGUUGAGGAGGUCAUCAUCAACACUGACAACUACAACACCACUCCCAUUGGCGAGACCACCUACGUUGGUUCCAUCUCUGUCCGAGACGAAUAA